AUGUACUGGGAUGUGUACCUUUAUCGACCGUACUGCCGUCUCUGGGAACGCGUCUGGGUGUACCUGCAUAACCGUGUGCUGAGCCGUGUCGAGAUUGGCCUACGGGACAAGGCAUAUGAUCCGAAAAUUCAUGGACCGUUCUGUCCUUGGCGAUCGUAUGGAACCAAAAAAGACAUAAAGUUGGUGGAUGUAAAACUGUGCGACCUGCCGGCAUGGCUAUCACGUCGGGACAUGUCAGUUGGUGGCGUAGCAUAUGCAGCAGUGAAGGCUUUCUAUAGAUUCGAGCACUACUAUUUCGACCAUUAUCUCAUCAAUCUGGUCUGUUUUUCCGAGCUGUUAAAUCUCAAUUUUUACCUGAUCUUAGGGGCAGCGAUUUUCUCCUAA